GUUUAUAAGCCGCAUGAAAGGAAAGGACGACGUUUCUCGAAUUGUCAUGCUAUGAAUUUACGAUUUCUAUCGCUGCUAAGAAACGCUCGGUCGAAUUAAACUUGCAAAUCUUGACUGUGAUCUCUCGAGUUUGACCUUGUGAUACACGCGUGUGGUGUUUUAGUAUCGUGAAAAGCUAUUGAAGCAUCAGCUGCGACAACUUGACGUUUAUUACGACAGGGACGUUGUUCAAUAGAACGUGUGAAUAAAAUACUCAGUACUUAGAGUGCGAUCAUGGCUAAAUGGGGCGAAGGAGACCCUCGAUGGAUCGUGGAGGAACGGCCUGACGCCACAAACGUGAACAACUGGCAUUGGACGGAAAAGAACGCUGGACCGUGGUCGAAGGAACGCCUAAAAGAGUUGCUGAACAAUUUAAAAAUAGCCCAAAAUGGUGUAGAUUGUAAGAUUACUGAGAUGGAGAAGAUUGACGGAGAGGCAUCUGCGAAUAAUAGGAAAGGAAAGCUGAUUUUCUUUUAUGAGUGGGACAUUAAGUUGAAGUGGGAAGGCCGCAUCUCAGGAGGUAGUGAGGUGACCAAGGGAGAAGUGCAUAUUCCCAACCUGUCGGAGGAAAACGACGUUAGCGAAGUGGAUAUGACUGUCACAAUCAAAGGCAGCGGAGAGGAAGCCCAACGAGUAAAAGCAUUCAUGCACAAUGUCGGCAAGAAAGAAAUCCGGAAACAACUCGAAGAGUACAUCCGGAGCCUCAAAGAGGAGUUCUCAAAAGGCCUCAUCCUCCCAAAGAAAGGAGAAUCCUCCGUUAAACCCGACAAUGUCUCAACAAUCACCAGCGGUUUCAAUAAGAAGAUCAACAUGGAACCUAUAAUCGUUCCUAAGAAAGAAAUCGGUUGCAAAUUGGACACUAAGAGUCUAGAACUUUCAGAGAAAUUCCAAUGCAGAGGGCAAGAGUUCUACGAUGCGUUGACUAGAAUAGAAAUGGUGACAGCAUUUACACAGGGCCAUGUGAAGAUGGAAGUGGAAAAGGGGGGGAAGUUUGCACUGUUCGGGGGAAACAUUACGGGGGAGUUCAGGGAGUUAGUGCCGGGGAAGAAGAUCACGCAGUAUUGGAGAUACAAACAGUGGCCUGAUCAGCAUUUCUCGGAGGUCACCAUCAAUAUUGAUGAGAAGGACGACCACACACUAGUAACAGUAAAGCAGGACUUAGUCCCAGCGGCUGAGGUAGACCAGACGCGCGAGAACUGGAGGAGAUACUACUUUGAGAGCAUCAAGCGCGCUUUCGGCUUUGGCGCCUUCCUGUGAUCACAAGGAAGAUUAUUAGGAAAAUUAGGUCCAAUUUUAAUAAGGGAUUUCAGUUGAUGAAUGCAGAGCAUUUUAAAAAACGCUUACUACGCGUAAAAUCGACAUUUGAAUCAUAAUAAUUAUUAUACGUGUAUACAAACUAGCACUUUAAUUUGAUGUUCAAAAAUUUAAAUAUCUGUUGCUGGGAAAAAACUUGAGGGUACUUAUAUUUUUGUUUGUCUAUGGUAUAUAUUACUACUUAUACGAAUAUAUUAAAAUAACACAGAUUUGUCAGCCAGUGUUGGCAACCCUCAAGUUUAUAUUGUGUGUUAUGUAUUUUGUUGAUCAAAAUAAUUGAUUCAUUCAAUGUAUUGCUUCCAUGCAGGUUACUAAAUUGUACAAGUUCUGUACCUAUUUUAUAUACUUUCAUAAAUUAUUAUGCAAUACCACAUACUAUCAAAAUUAAAUUAGUGUAAUGAGUUAUAUUGGUUAUUUAAAGAGGUUCUACAUGAGCAACCUAUUGCUAAGGGACCUUUUUUAAGAAUGCCGCAGUCAUCCUGCAUUUAUCUAUUUUGUCAUCAGCCCUUAAUGUUUUCUAACAAAUGAUGUAAUCUGUGAUUUUUGACUUAAUUUUGUGAAAUAUCUGAACUACGAACCAUAAAUAAGUGGCCGAAAUGAUAAUCACGAAUACAGCCUCAUUUUACAGAGGGUUUUUGGAAUAAAAGUGUUUAAAAGGGAUUCUCAAAAGUGCAUUUUGAAACCAAAAGAAUAACAUCAAAUUAUUGUAAAAUAUUAUCAAUAUAACUGUUAACUGCCAUUUUACGGGUUUAGCCUAAAAAUAAAGAAAAAAUAGUUAUAGUUCGGUGACUAAAUUGCAUUGUAAUUUUGAGCAUUUUAACAGAAAACUUGAUAAACUCAUAAUUGCCAUUUCAGUAAUGGAUUUAGAACAAUAAAAUGUCAAUAAGACCACCAAUGUGUAUUUUGUACUUAGUUACAGUAACAAUAAUAUGUCUACUCUUAAAAUCCUCGUCUUGCUGGCGAGAACAAACCAUAUAGAAUUUGUAGUCACGACCAAUUUUCCGUGAAUUGGCAAUUAUGGUCUGACAAUGCUGACAUCUGGCAUAAUAUACAAGUGUUAUAUAAGUGGGAUUCCCUUUAUUUCAUUUUGUUCCCCAUAUAUAACUUAGUUAUAUAACCAGUACUAAAUUAUAAUAUGUAUAAAGAAUAAAAAUGUGUACCUACCAAAUUUCAAGUUAAUCGGUUAGUAGUUUCAGAGAAUAUUGUCUGUGAGACAGACGCACGAGUGAUCCUGUGAGGGUUCCGUUUUCCCAUUUUGAGGUACGAAACCCUGAAAAGCCUUGAGUAACUGCCAUUCCUUAAGCCACCAACGGAGCGGCAGCUGACAUCCACAAGAGUUCGCUACACGUCAACACUUUACGAGUGUAAGCCCGGUAUUUAUCAUUUAUUUAUUCCUGGUUGUUUGGUCUUGAGAUAUCAAAUGGUAUCCAAUAUCCAACGAAUCUUACUGCUAGUUCUAUAACGUAGUUACGUAUGGGGAAAAUAUUUCUUAUUCUUACAUUUUGUAUGGUCAUUUUUUACCGUAACACAGUAUCGGGAUUUUCUCGAAUCUGACAUUUUGGUUUUGCUUGUUUUGUGUAAGUAGUACUAAUGUAAAUUAGUUUAUUUAUGGAGAUGUCCAAUAAAUUAAGUUACGAAUAA